GAGAGGCGGAGCCUAUCUCGCAUCAGGACCAGUCUGGCUGCACCUGCAUCCUUAGCUCAGAGCAUCCCUGGAGCAUCUAAGAGGAAAGCGCAGCCAGCAACCGGGGAUUGGACUGUCGCAGGGGCAGUCGGCCAGACACCUUCCCCUCCCCUGAUCUCGAGGUCCACAGCCGCAGCCUCGGUACUGACCCAGAUUCCCAAAGUUGUCUGACCUCUGCAAAAGUGUUGCUAUCAACAGCCUCUGAUCACAACAUGGCUGAGAUCACAAAUAUCCGCCCCAGCUUUGAUGUGUCACCAGUGGCGGCUGGCCUCAUUGGGGCCUCUGUGCUGGUGGUGUGUGUUUCCGUGACUGUCUUUGUGUGGACAUGCUGCCACCAGCAGGUGGAGAAGAAGCACAAGACCCCGCCAUACAAAUUUAUUCACAUGCUGAAAGGCAUUAGCAUCUACCCAGAGACCCUCAGCAACAAGAAGAAAAUCAUCAAAGUUCGGAGAGACAAAGAUGAUCCCCGGAGGGAGAGUGGACGAGGGAACCUGUUAGUAAAUGCGGCAGAGUCUGGCCUGCUGGGCCAAGAAAAGGACCCCAGAGGGCCUAGCUCUGCAUCUUGUAUAGACCAGUUACCCAUCAAAGUAGACUACGGGGAAGAACUGAGGAGCCCCAUGACAAGCCUGACCCCUGGUGAGAGCAAAGUUACCUCCCCAUCAUCACCAGAGGAAGACGUGAUGCUGGGAUCCCUUACCUUCUCGGUGGACUAUAACUUUCCCAAAAAAGCUCUGGUGGUAACAAUCCAAGAGGCCCAUGGGCUGCCAGUGAUGGAUGAUCAGACCCAGGGCUCUGACCCCUACAUCAAGAUGACCAUCCUUCCUGACAAGCGGCAUCGAGUGAAGACCCGUGUGCUUCGCAAGACUCUGGACCCUGUAUUUGAUGAGACCUUCACCUUCUACGGCAUCCCAUAUAGCCAGCUACAGGAUCUGGUGCUACACUUCCUCGUGCUCAGCUUUGAUCGCUUCUCUCGGGAUGAUGUCAUUGGGGAGGUCAUGGUACCACUGGCGGGUGUGGACCCCAGCACAGGCAAGAUUCAGCUGGUCAGAGACAUCAUCAAGAGGAACAUCCAGAAAUGCAUUAGCAGAGGGGAACUCCAGGUGUCUUUGUCGUACCAGCCCGUGGCACAGAGGAUGACAGUGGUGGUCCUCAAAGCCAGACACUUGCCGAAGAUGGACAUCACCGGUCUCUCAGAUCCUUAUGUCAAGGUGAACGUCUACUACGGCAGAAAGCGCAUUGCCAAGAAGAAAACGCAUGUCAAGAAGUGCACUUUGAACCCGGUCUUCAAUGAGUCCUUCAUCUAUGACAUCCCCACUGACCUCCUGCCUGAGAUCAGCAUUGAGUUCCUUGUCAUUGACUUCGAUCGCACUACUAAGAAUGAGGUGGUGGGGAGGCUGAUCCUGGGGGCACACAGUGUCACAGCCAGUGGUGCGGAACACUGGAGAGAGGUCUGUGAGAGUCCCCGCAAGCCCAUAGCCAAGUGGCACAGUCUGAGCGAGUACUAGUUCCUUCUCGCCUCCGACCCUGGGGCCAGGCUGGGGAGGCACACGGCGGGGAGAGAUGACAGAGAAGCUGACUCAAAACCUCAUUUUAGUCGUAGAAGAAAAUUUCUUACAAGACAAACCACACAAAGAGCAUCUUACUGCACACCACUGCAGGUCGGUUCUUAGCGUGAGAAGUCUUUUCUUCUUUGCAAGGCACUAGACGAUCUUUUGUUUUUAAAAUGGGGGGGGAGAGAAGGAAAGACCCCACAGUCUAUAUAUAACAAUGUAACCUUAUACUUGCAUGUCUAAUACAAACAAGAAAUUAGCCUAACCGAUAUCAAGUUGCAGAUUUUAAUCCAUGAAAAUUGUGUUUUGUGCCGAACUGUAUUUGCUGAUCUCCUGAAAUUGGCCUCCUUUUUAUCAGGCUUCUCUGGGUUAUUCCCGUUUCCCAUCAUAGCAGAAGAAAAGUCUACUCUUGUAAAACCCCAUGUUCCCGUCAUUCCAUCCUUUCUUCUAUCACCUCUCAGGUCUCCACUCUUUGGCCGAGUUUCAAGUCCAGAGUCUGGAGUAAGCAGAGGAACAAGUGGGGUUUGCAGGAGAAAGAGUGAUUGAGAAUGGGAUCUCUGCUGUUAGCCACUUACCAUAAAGGAGUAACAGGCAGUCCGUGACUAGUGACAGGUAGCAUGGCGGGCAGCGUGGCGGGCUUGGGAGGCGGAACCGGACUUAGGACUUGCCGAUUUCUCUGGAAGCUUUGGAGACUUCAGCUUCGGCCCGAGGGAAGUACCAUUGAAUACCAGCUGAUCCCGAGUGCUACUUGCAGGUCAGGGGACAGGGGAAGGAGAUAAAAUAUCCCUGCAGAAGCUCUGGCAUCCCCUCAUGCUGUAGAUGCUGAUGGAAGUUGCUUUCUGUUUGAUAAGGAAGCAGGCCUCAGGACUUUCUCUCUGAGGUUUACAGAAAUGGUUCUUAAGAAAGCUGAGUGGGGCUGAAUAGUGAGCUAAUGUAGAUGCCUUCAAGGCCCCCACUCUCCUCAGCACAAGCACAAGGCUGGAGAGCUGAGAGUCACACCCCACGGUGAAGUCCAUCGCCUUUCUGCCCCUGGGCAGGACAGUGCAGAGCCUGGGCAUCUGGAGCUCAGAUCCAAGUCUCUGCGUGGGACUCAGGAGUGAAAUAAGACACAGCUUGAUCCGGGGCCUGGAAGAUUAUCUGUAACUGAAGUGCCCACUUCCCUAUAGGACCACUCUCCAGCUUGCUUCUGAGAACAGGUGGACUGACCAGCUUGGUUUCCAUGGCGAGGGUGGUGACGCUGCCUUUGGUGUUCCCUUAGUGCUUGUAGAUUUGAAUCCACUCUGCCCUCCCCACUCACCCUUUCAUUUUUUGUUUUGUUUGUCUGCUUUGCUUUUCCCCUGCGGGAUUCUUGGCAAUGCAGAGCGGCCCUGUGUAGGCAGGGAGACCCACUUUGCCCUUGCCCUUCUCCGCCAUUGUGAUCUGACUUAGUGUCUGGCCAUCAGCUGGGAUCACACCACUACAGUCUCCGCCCUUUAACCCAUGGAAUGUAAAUACUGUAUCAUACGUAGGAGACAAUACUUUUUGUUUUCUAAAAAGGCAUUUUGACAUAGUUUAACGAAAACCUGGCGGGAGCAUUCUAAGCCCCAUUAGGGAAAAAAGUCGAAAUGAUUCCUCUUCGUCGCCUUAAUGUGUAAAGAUCAGAAGUCGCUCAGCAGCUUUAGUUCCUUCCCUGAAGCAAUGCUAAGUGACAGGUGGAGUCGUCUCCGACCUGCUGUGUGUGCCUCUGUAGCUCCUCCUGAGAAGUCGGGGAACAGCCUCACCCCUCCUCCCUUCCCCACUUCCCUGCAGCUCAAUCCCUUCCCCAGGCUCGGGGCUGCCUCCGCGCAGGAUCCCUCCUCCUACCUCAGGCCUGAUCCAGCGUGUCCGAAAGCUUCUUAGUUGACUUGGGUUUCUUCACAGAGCUCGCUGACGUGGGCGGAGGCAGACUGCCCCUUCCGCUCAGUUGAGAGACAGACAAGAGAGUCACAUCUUAGCUGUUUUGCACAAGGCACUUGUGGUUAGGAAUAGGUUAGGGAAGGUCACUCCCAAUUCCCAGCAGCCAGUCGAUGUAGAUUUCUCGACUCUUUGGUACUAUGAGAAUUAUUCCCAAUAUCAAAAGUUCCCUUGUGAGUUCUUCCUUCUUUGCAUUCUCAACAGCGCACAGCCGCGAUCUGCAGUGCUGUGCUAGAGAGAACUGCUGUGUGGGACCAGGGUGACCUACCCAGGAGAGGGAUAUGGAAGACUUUCAGUACUGGUCAUGACAGUGACAUUACCCUCACCACCACAAUCCCUCUCCAAACAGGUUGUCUUUCUUUACCUUGUGUCUUCUCUUGUAAAAAUAAAACUCUAAAUAAAAGUGUCAAUUUAAAAAGAAAAAAAAAAAACCCAGAACAAGCUAACAUGAACUGUGUGAACUGCAUAACGCCGUGACGCUAACCUGCAGUCUGUAACGCUGUCGUCUAUGUUGACUUGUUGAUGCGCCACACGUGCAGAAUAAAGACUGAUUCACAGUAAA